AUGCCGCUGGGGGGAGGUGGCUACGUGACUAAAAACAACAACAACAACAACAACAACAACAACACGUGUUUGUGUUUUGUUUUAGGUAUUCAAGAAUAUUUUAUUGAUCGCCUGGCCUCCGAUGACCAGAAAAACGGCAAUUACAGGUCUCUGAUUGAGGGUCAAAAUUACCUGAGCUCCGGAUGGGUCGGGCAAAUUUUGCACCGCCUUUUAGACGACCAUCACAUCAUAUUGAAGGCGAUCGCCUUCAAUAUGAUGUGAUGGUCACGUAGUCUGUCCAUAAUGAUUAAAUGUCACGCUGCUAGCUUGCUAACGGCAGCACGCGUAACGUAUGCUAACGUUAUAUUACACAGUGUUUAAUGAUACAGUCUGUUAUCUCCCUAUUACUCUAAUCUUUCCUGCUUAUCGCUCAAAAAAAUGAUUAAUUUCUAAAUUAAUAUUGGUACUCAUUUAAGAUACCUUCAUCAGUUACUGGAGGCCACUGUCUAACAUCAUCAAUCCAGCUAUUCAUGAUGCUGUCACUGUAGAGAGUCAGUUCACAGUGACAGCAUAAUGAAUUGAUGACUGACACAUGUCACCGCAGCAAUGGCGCCGCCGCAAGAUGGCGGCAUACACAAGUGGCUCGCCGAAUUCGUCUAUAAAAAAAGGUCAAGCCUCACAAUGGAGGUCCGGUAUCAUAAUUUACACGUUUUUAAUCACAAAAUGUAAUAUUUAAUUACUAUCGCGGAGUUAUCACGGUGGAUUUACUGUAGCCUAGGCUACGAGGUUCUUGGGACAGAAAAAAAACCUCUGCACUUAACGGCUUGGAUUUCUCGAAAAGAUCGCCAAAAGAAUCUGCACCCAUGCGGAGUGCCCGGAGAGAACCCACGCUGACACGGGGAGAACAUGCAAACUCCGCACAGAAGGGCUCCCACGCCCGGGAUCGAACCUGCAACCCUCUUGCUGUGAGGCGAGAGUGCUAACCACCACACCACCGUGCCGCCCGGGAUGAAAUCAUCUUGCUGUAAAAGUGGGGGUGUCAAAACACCCCCAUCCCCCACGGGUGCGUCGCCCCUGAAUACACUCUACUACUGACUGACUAAUCUGUGUGUGUUGUGUUUAAUAUCAUUAGAUUGUUUUUAUACUGCAAAUAAAGUAUUCGUGUUAAAAUUACGGUUCCACUUGCAUUCGUCGUGCGAUCGGAAAAAAAGGCCUCUCCAAAUCAAGCUCCCGGGCUGAAUUUCAACUCCCAGCCCACCCCUGCUUGGGAUCCCUUCCCAGACGACUUAACACCUGUUCACGCAUGGACCCAUCUAACCCUAACAACAUUCAAGAUGGCAGGGUGGGUCAACAACUCACAUGUAACCUUAAUGACUCUGAAACUCAGAGAUCACAUGGGACCUCAGUGACUGUAGGAUUCACACCCACAUAGUUUAAAGCCUGCGACUCCGCAGCAGUCCGUUAUAACUGAGGAAACCUCUUGGAUGGGAGGCGAAACGUCUUUAAGAAACUCAAGCAAGUCCAGUUGCCUACAAUGUUGAACUUAUGAUUACCAUGACCUGGAUGACUGAGAAUCUUCACUGGCUCAUUCUCUGUCUACUUCCUGUGGUUGUGUUGUAAUGGGCUCCACUCCAGUCCGCUAAGCGGCAGUACUGCAGUAAAAUAACGGUCACUGCACCUUCUCCGACGGAACAACUAGCCGGAAAUAAAAACCAAUCACUUACGGAAGAAGAAAAAUGGAAGCGGCAGUGUUCAUUCUGUCACUUGUGGACUGUUGUGCUCUUAUUUUCCUCUCGGUCUACUUUAUUAUCACCUUAUCUGAUCUAGAAUGUGACUACAUCAAUGCUAGAGCCUGCUGUUCCAAGCUAAACAAAUGGGUAAUUCCAGAGAUGGUUGGCCAAUGUCUCUCCACGAUGCUGAUGUUGGUCUCCAUGCACUGGUUCAUCUUCCUCCUCAACCUGCCUGUAGCAGCCUGGAACAUUUAUAGGUAUGUGAAGGUCCCGAUGGGAAACAUGGGCGUGUUUGACCCCACUGAGAUCCACAACAGAGGUCAGCUCAAGUCCCACAUGAAGGAGGCCAUGAUUAAACUGGGUUACCACCUGCUCUGCUUCUUCAUUUAUUUGUAUAGCAUGAUCCUGGCCCUGAUCAACGACUGAAGCACCCAGCAAGCUGCCGCAUCCAUACUCCUUGCUUUGCUGUUUCCCCCUUCACAUUCUGCUCCUGUACUAUAUGCAUAAAGUCUAUCACUGUGGUCUUACUCAGGUCCGCACUCUUAUGUGUAUCGUCAGAAUCUGAGUUUUGACUUUUAUGCAAUAUUAAGGUUAAUAUUUAACCAUUUCACACUUCAGUACCAUCAUGACAAAAUCUCCUACAGCAACUGCUGUGUUUCAUUCUAAAGGGGAUAAAUAAUGAGUUUUCUUAAAACCUCUAUCUGCAACAGUGAGUGAUUAUAAGAUCGGCAUAGUGGCUUUAAAAAAUACCAGACAUUGUCACAGUAACAUGAAUGAGUAGGCUUCAUAGAGCAGAGCGAAACAGAACUAGCCAGUGAAGAUGAUAUAUAUUACCAACUACACUGUCUAUUUGGAUGGAAUUCUUUUCCACCAAUGCCAAAUUAGGAAAAUAGUGCCAAUAGUGUUUUAACUCUUGCAGUGCAUGUCUUGUUGUGUCACUUUAGCCUUAUAUUGUGCAGCUAAAUAUUAUUGCUUUGCCAUUUCUCAAAAUCCCCAAGGCCUUUGGUUUCGGGCCCUCUGGAAGAUUUUUCAGCCUCUGUACAACUACAGAGGCUCAGAAAUCUUUGUAGGAGUAAGUAGUUAGUUAUAGCAGCAGCGUACACAGUGGAGCCCUAAAACUGAGGACACAGGCAGGAAAGCACUGGAGACACUGGAGUGAAUCAACAGUGACCACUUAACAACCUGAUGUCCUCCGCUGUAGCUCCAGUUUUCUGUUGUUAGCUGACUGGAGUGGAACCUGCUGUCGUCAUCUGCUGCUGUAGCUGGUUCCAUGCACUGUGAGAUGCUCCUCUGCAUAGCAGUGUUGUAAUACAUGGUUAUUUGAGUUAUUGUCACCUUCUGUCAGCUUGAACCAGUCUGAACAGUCUCCUCUGAGCCCUCUCAUUAAUAAGUAUUCAGCCUACAGAACUGCCACUCACUGUUAACACCAUUCUCUGACCUCUACACACUGUUGUGGUGAAAAUUGAGAUCAGCAAACUAAUCACAACUGAACCUCUUGACCAUAUCCACGUGCCUUUAUGCAUUGACUUCCUGGCACAUGAUUUAUUGAUGAGAUGUUUGCAUUAAAGAUCGAUCAGUCGAUCCGAUCAGAUCGAUGCAUGAGAGGAGCAGCUGUUUGUGAGUGAAAGCUAAAUUUAGACCCAGAGUAAUGAACAGUUCAGUUGACUUUGAAUUAGCUUAACGUUCUGCUGCUCCGUCUGUGACCAGACUAUGCUCUGAGUAAGCAAAGGAUAUAUAUAUUCCAACAGCACUCCUAAUGAACAGUUCAGCUCCAAAAAUAAGAAAUCAAUAUGUGGGAGCAGAUGCUUUAAUCGUGGCGGGCAGACACUAAUAAAUGAAAGUGUUGGAAACCAUGGACUCAUGAAAAAAUCCUCUCAAUCAUCAGUUCUGACCCACUAGAAGUGUUUGGAGGUGUAUUUAUCUGCAGAGACGUUUGCCACCUUCUUAUUUUCUUUUUCUGGGAUGUUUAUUGGUCUGUACCCCCACAACACUCAGGUGAGGUCAGGGCUUUAUAAAAAUGUAGUGACUAGGUGCCAGGCUGAAAGCAGCAGGUAUCCAAGAGACACAGAGACAAAAAAACAACAACACAAAUAUAGUGAGGCAAACCACAAACAAGAGGGCAUCUGGGAUUGACUUUUAGUAUCACUUUUGCUGGUGAGUGUGUUUACAAAAAGUAACCAACAAUCCUGCAUAGCAUACCUCCAACACCUGCGUGCCUAAUAAAGUGGCCACAGAGUGUACAUUCUGAUUAUUUUGUGUUGUGGCAGAGUACUAAGCUCAGCUGCUGGCCUUUUACUAAAGAUGACAUUAAGCAGCUGUGCAUCACUUCCUGCUCAGAACUUCAGAAUUCAGUGAUGUGUAACUUAGCUCUGAGAUCACAUGCAGCUCCAUAUUUGGCUCCUUCCAGCAGUGUAUGUACCUGCUGGAUGGACAGUUUGAGACAUGGUGGGGUGUUGUUUUAGGUGUGUGAUUGAGCUUUUUAUUGGCAGAAGCAGACUCGCACCAUUUCUUGAUCUGCAGUCUGCUGUCACCUGUAGUUUUGCUAAGUGUCUGGCACCAUUACUCCAAAGUUCCAGAUUCCUGACUGCUCAGCUGACUCAGAAUGUUGAACUGGGGGACAGUUAGAGCAUUCUGAUUGGUCGUUUAAUCAUCAGGUUUCCCUUUUUUCCCCCACGUGUGCCAUUUCUUGUUUCUAUUCUCAGUAAAGUAAUACUUUAGUGCCAUUUGGUGAAAGUGAUGUAUACAAGAUGUCCUCUCUCAUACAGACACAGUGCAGACAGAUAGGUGGCAGAUCAAGUAAAAUCCAACAUCAACAACAAAGUGAUUUACAGUAAAAAUGAUUAAAAAAACCUAAAAGUGAAAACAAGAUAAAAUAAAUUAAACUUAUACAGCUGCAAGAAGCUAUUCCAGCCAACACAGACUGUUAGAAGUCAAAAGCUUUUGAUGUGGAAUGUUCCAAUCCAAUGUGCUGAAAACUUAAAAAAAAACAGUGAAAUAUCCCUUUUUUUUUUUUUUGCUUUUUUGCAAAUAGAAUAAAGGUUUCAGAGGUCAGUAAUAUAAAAAUGCAACAGUAAAAUGAUACUGCAUGAUGUCCACUGACAGAUUGUAUUGUAGUAUGAAAAAGCAAUAAGACUAUGAAUUAGUUUAACAUGGCUAAUUUUGUGCCAGGCUAGUGCACAUGUUGGGAACUAGUGGUGCACCCCAUUAAGCGAUUUCAAAAUAAUUUUACAACAUGUGGUUCAUCAUUAUUAUUUAACAUAUCCUGCAAAUUUUGUAAUAAUUGUACAAACUAUUUUUUCCACUUGUAGUGCCCCCUAGUGGUCGAUUGGAAUGAGACUCAUGGUAUGUUUCAGGUACUUAUUUUAAAGACUGAUCCAAUGGUUGUGGGGUUUGGUUAAUUAAUGAGCUGAGCCAUGCCCCUCCUUAAGUUCAUUGGUCAGAUAUAUCAACAAGCUUUUGAUAAGCUUGUUCCAGUAAUGAUUUACAGAACAUUUUGAGCAUUUGGAGGACUGGCUGGUUUGGAGGACAUGUCAAAUGUGUUUUUCAAAAAAAUUAAAAAUGGCAAAAGUCAUUGGACUUAGGGCAUUGGGGGUGUGACCUUUCCAAAAGAAAGACUAUUUUUUUGGCUUUGCCUUUAUUGGAAAGGACAAGUUAAACAUGAAUGGAGGAGAGAAAGGGGAUGACAUGCAGCAGGGCCUUGAGCUGGGAUCAAGCCUGUGGGCGUUGCGGCAACAACAUUACCUUUUAUACAUGGAACACCCACCCUACCUACUGAGCCACUGGGCGCCCCCAAAAUUUAAUUUUUGGGCCUUAUUUACAGCACUCCCAUCAGGCUAAUUAGGGUCAUAUUUGUUGGGCAGCAUUUCCACAAAACUUCCAAUCACUGGUGAAAAUUUUGAUGUGUUUACAAUGUACCAUCACAUGGGACUUUGUGAAAACAUUUCUGAAGAAGAGUAAGUAUAACAAUAAACCACCACAAAACAAUAAUUACAACAAAUAGCAUCAUUUAAGACAAAGCCAGAGGAUAAAAGUGAGUUUUAAGAAGAACUUUCAAAGAGGACACCUCAUUAGUAAUUUUAAAGUGUAUUAGACAGUGCUGUCCACCUUGUACCUCCAAACACGCUGCUCCAGACUCUCCCAUAGGUGUUCAGUUCUGCUGACUGUGAAAGACAUAGCCAUUGAUUCCCAUCAUUUUCAUUCUUCAAUUGUCUUUGUCACCUAUCUAUGUGUGCACAUUUACAGCCACCUGCUGUUGGAUGUAGUCUCUGUGCUGAUAUUAUGUGUUCUGGCUUACUUGCUCUCCCAUGCUGUCGUUGAUCCUUCAUUUUUCUGAGCUCCCCUAAUUAACAUCAUAUUUGGUCAAAGUAUCAAAAGUUUUCAAAAUGAGAAGUUGAAAUCAGAGGUUUGUGAUGGUAUUGAAGUGUAAUGAAAACUCUGUUAUUGUGCACCACUGAUCAUCAGAUGGUGGAUCACUGAGCCUGUUCUGAGACACUUUAUGCAUACAGUACCUGCCAAACUUCCAGUAUCACACUCCAUCCCUGAUCACUAACCACAACUCAGCCCACACACACACACACACACACGCACCGACUUAAAUACAGUCAUAUCUGCGUGAAUAUGUGCGUGUAUUCAUCAAACACAUCACUAAAUGAGACAGUGAGGUGCAGUCUGUGGGGCUGCACAGUGAGUAAAUGACAAUCACACUAAUCCACACACACAUCAGUCCUGUGUCUGUGCUGGAAGGGUGUAGCCUCACAGUGCUGGACGUUGUCUGACCUUGGGGUGUCACCAUUUUUCACCAUAAAAAAAGUUGAUGAAACACACCUCCGUCUAAAAAGAGAUUAUUUAUCUGAGUAAUUGCUGUAUUAUUACUGUAUGAGUGGCAGUUUCAAUUUGAACAAAUGGAUUUGACCUAGCAUGCACUGAUGAUGUGUUUACUGAACAACCUUUGCAUUGAGCAUACACUGUAUGUUAAAGUCUAACAUUCCCUGUUUGAAAAAAGCCUGGAUCAGCAGGUGUCUCAUCUUUUCCCUGGGGCGACAGAUGUGUGCAUGCAUUCCUCUUUAUUUGGUAAAGUGCAUAGACAGCAAUCAUAACUGUUCAGUACAUUCAUACCUGUCUGUAUUAUGAAGGGCCUGUUGUGUUUGCCACAUGUGCAGGUAUUCUGGAGCCAUUUCUCUCUUCACUUGGGAUGAAAAGAGUACUGAACAAGUUCAUGUCUCAUUCACAGUAAACUGUCUAAUGCAGUGUCUUUUUUGGGGGAAAUGUGGUGUUUCAUAAAUAAAAAUUUAA